AUGGCCGCGUACGAUAUUCAGCAGCAUUUCAAGGGCCUGCGAGUCGAUACCGGCUCGAAGAAGGGCCGACGCCGUGAUCCAUUUGCGACCGGCUUCGAAGAUGAUGGUGAGGAAGAAGCGCAAAGAUUCCGACGUCGCGAGCGUAACAACAACGCCAAUACGAAGGCGAUACCGGUAGAGAAGCCGAAGGCUGUGUCGGCGGUGCCGAGUGGACCGGGAAAAGCGAGCAUACUUGAUCAAUUGCGGGAUAGCGACGAUGAGUGGUUAGGCGUGUCAGGGAAGAGGACUGAUCGUCGACCGAGUCCGGCGCCCGCGCAAGUGGCCAGUCUGCGCGUGACUGACGGUGCGGGAAGGCGUGGUUCUCUCGAUAAGGGCCUGCAGCAGAGCAAGCCGCCAAGAAGUGCCAUCGCGCAGGCGGCGGGUCAGCUCGCCUAUCUGGACGACAGCAGUGACGAGGAGCUGCUUUCUGGCGGAGGCAAGCGUGGAAACCGACGACCCAGUCCCGCACCAAGGAAGGACAGUGACGGUGCAGAGCCUGGCGAGCGCUCCUCUACGCCACGCGGAAGUCGAGCGCCUUUAUCAGAGCAAUCGCAGGGACGUGUACAGCCAUCUCAACAUACCGUAGCCUCCGCGUUUGCGGGUACCAAAUACUUGCAGGACAGCGAGAGCAGCGACAACGAGGACGACGACGAAGACGCCGUAGCUUCUCGUAAAGGUAGUGCCGACAGUUCCACAUCACCGGACACCCUCGAUACACUGAAUCCCUGGGAGAGCGCACUGACCAGCCCGGCAAAAAAGCACCUUGAAGUCAAACGCGUGGACAAGCCGAAGCAACAGAAUGGCUCAGGCAUUUCCUGGCGCGCCUUCUCCGCCUCACGAAAUGAACAGCGCAGCGCCGAGAUCGAGGCUCUCCAGGCGGGCCUUAGGCAGCGUGGAAAGUCCAUCUCAUUCACCACGCACGCCGUCACCGACGACGGCAAAAAGGUCCCCAUCGCCGCCGCCGUCGAACUCCUUGCCCGGAAACAGUCUAACACUGCACGAGGACGAGCCAAGGGUAGAGGGAAGUCGCCACCUAGACGGAGUGAAGAUUCCAAGCCCACAGAGGAUGAGCUGGGCGGAGAUGAAGGAGCUGAGCAGGGGCAGGUCUAUGAUCCACGAGAGUACAAGACCAAUCCAUUCACGGGACAACCAGUCAAACGCACACUCAGCGAUCCAGACCACAAACCAGCCAUCACCAAAUCCUUCAACAGCCCGAAUCUUCCCGACAUCAGAAUCGAUGACAUCUCAAGUGCUUGA